AUGGACAAUUUAAAUAUUCACAGGAAGGUACUCUUAGAGAUUGCCUGCUUCAAUGAGCAAUCGGCUAUCAAUGCUAUGAAAGGAGGAGCUGAUCGCAUUGAAUUAUGCCACGAUUACGCUUCUGGUGGGCUAUCGCCCGAUGAAACGCUAUUAGCGAGACUGAAGUCACUUGUCAAGAUCCCAAUUUAUGUGAUGAUCCGACCGCGGCCUGGGAACUUUUGUUACGAUAAUGUAAGCUUUGAAACCAUGAAGUCUACUCUGACGAGUCUGAAGAAUGCUGGGGCGGACGGGUUUGUCUUCGGUAUUCUCAACGAAGGCCCAUCAGACACUUCUGACGCAUCAUGGGUUGAUGUUGCCAGAAAUAAAGAGCUGGUGCAACUCGCCGGUGGGAAGCCAUGUACAUUCCAUCGAGCAUUUGACUGCAUCGAUGAAGCUCAUUGGGGUGGCGCGCUAACGGAGCUAAUGGAGUGUGGCUUUACUUCAAUUCUUACCAGUGGGCCAUCUGGAGAACAGGCUAUUGAUUGUAUCGAUGCACUUGCGCGUCUUUGUGACGAAACAGUCAGACCAGAGAUUAUUAUUGGAGGUGGUGUGCGGUUUGACAAUGUUGGAAUUCUGUGGCAGAGAACCCAUGGGCGAGUUUUUCACUCCAGUGCUCUAGGGCUUUCUAGUGAGAUUGUUGAGGCCAACGAGGUGAGAAAGCUCAGGGAGUCGCUACGGCAAGCUCCCAAAGGAGAUAUUCAGGGGCAAAACUUUGUUGGGGAAAUUUGA